AUAACAACCUUAUUCUGGCAGUUCAUCCCGAAACUAUGAAGCACUCCCUUGCCCUUUUUGUAAUUACGGUUGGUUUCGUGCUCGGCACCAACAAUACUGAGACCAAGGAAUUCUUAGAUUUUAAUGAUCCAAAUGAUAAAAAUGUCAUUAUGGGAGAACUUUUUGUAAAAAUCAACACCAUCUUGAUAGAGAGCAGAAAUAGAUCCGAUGAGCUGACUCAGAGAUUAUCAGAUCAAGACAGACAGAUAAAAAAAUUGAAGGAAGACUUGAAAAAAGCCCAGUUGGAAUCAUAUGAAAGACUAGAAAAGCAUAUUGCAAUGCUUCAAAAUAAAGAAUGGAAAACUAUACUCCGACGCCAAGAUGGUUCGGUCAAUUUCAACAGAAAUUGGACCGAAUACAAAUUUGGAUUUGGCAAUCGGAAUGGGGAAUUUUUCAUUGGUCUUGAAGAAUUGCAUGUCUUAACCACCUACGGCCCACCCCAAGAGCUUCUUGUGGUGUUGCAAAGUUUUGAAAAUGGAACACGAUAUGCCAAAUACGAUCGCUUUAGGGUGGGCAACGAGAACGAGAAAUAUGCCAUACUUGAAUUAGGCACAUACAGCGGUGAUGCAGGUGAUGCUAUGAAACAUCAUAAAGACGUUAAAUUUUCAACAGCUGAUGAGGAUAAUGAUAGCAGCGAUAGGAGCUGUGCUUAUAUAUAUCGCAGCGGUUGGUGGUUUAAAAAAUGCUAUCAUUGUAAUUUGGCCGGAUUUUAUAGAACGACUUCGGCAGGUGAUGGAGUUGAUUGGACGGUAUGGAAAAAAGAUGAUUUUUCCCUAAAGUUUGCCGAAAUGAGGUUAAGAACACAACUUUAAAAUUCAUAAUUAUUUUUGAAUUCAUAAAUAACACGGAGAGUGUGAUACGUAAAAAAUAAUUAUAAAAGAAAAACUAAGUGGAUUAUAAAGGAGGAUAAAUAUAAGUGCCAUAAAAUUGAA